AUGAAUAAAAACUCACAACUGAAGUCUAAUACUGUUUAUAAAUGUGGUCGUUGCGCUAUGUUUUACUAUGAGUAUAAGCAGUUAGUGGCGCAUUUGUAUUGGCGGCACGGGACUGAAAGUCUUUGGUGUAAGAAAUGCGGCCUGAAGCGAUGGGAAUAUGCAGCGCAUUUAUGUAAUGUAUUACCCACUGAUGGCACCAUAGAGGACAGUGAAGUAAACCCUUUGUAUUGCUUUUGUGGCAAAGUUGAAGAUGCGCCAAUGAUUGGGUGUGAUUCACCAGAUUGCGUUUUAGAAUGGUACCAUUUUAAGUGUGUCGGUAUAGUCGAGCCGCCUGAUGGUAGUUGGUUUUGUCCAGAAUGUCGAAAGCUA